GGCAUAUUUGUUUUUUGUUUUUAUUAAUAUGCAAAUUUCUUAUCAGUUUUCCUCUGCUUCGACAAUUUUUGUAUGCAGAAAUUUGUUAAAUUGAUUGAUUAUAGUGAAAAAAGAUAGUUAAAAAGUAGAAUGCCACCCACAGAGACUCUGCGGCCUGGCGAACGUGGGGGAUCGGCUACUGGCGGAUCAGGAGCCGCAAUCAGCGGCGGCCCUGAGCACACAUACAUUAUUAGACAGAGCAACAAAAGCUAUGAGCACCGGGACUCCCAGGCCACUGCCAUGUCGGUGGACUACUCUGGUCAGUGGGUGCUGUUGGCGGGUCGCGGCCACUUGGCCUUGCAACGGCUGGGCCAGGACGACGGCACUUUGCGCCGCCACGAGCGCCAGUCCAAGUACGAGGUCUCAGUGGCCGAGUUUGCCAUAUGUCCAAGUCGCAAAGAGUACUGCGCAAUAGCGACUAGCCAGCACAUAGACAUCGUACGCUGGGGUACAGCAGAACCCUGCUAUGAGAACUCCCUUCGCGGGCACACACGCACUGUGACCGACAUCGACUGGCACGGAAAGGAUCCCAACCUGCUGGUCAGCUGCUCCAUUGACACCUUCUCCCACAUCUGGGAUUUAAGGGAGCCGAGGAAACCAGCCUUGUCCUUGAAUGCCGUCUGCAUGUCUGGUGCCACCCAGGUGGGUUUCAAUCGUGUGUCGGGACAUCUUCUGGCAGCGGCCCAUGAUGGUGAUCUGCGAAUCUGGGAUAUUCGCAAAGGAAGCUGCCCCACGCACUAUAUCACAGCGCAUUUAAACCGAGUUCACGGGAUCAACUGGAGUCACAAAAGGGAGACUUGCUUGGCCACCGCCAGCCAAGAUGGAACAGUGAAGUACUUUGAUGUCUGCAAUCCACGCCGAGCCGAGAAAAUAAUCACAACCAUGUCACCUGUAUGGAGGGCGCGAUACACACCCAUAGGCAACGGUCUCGUCAGCAUUGUGGUGCCUCAUCUAGGUCGCGGUGAGAACAGUCUUUUGCUGUGGAGCAACAGCAAGCAAACGGAUCCCAUAUGCUCCUUUGUCGGACACACAGAUGUCAUUCUAGACUUUGCCUGGCGUCCCAAUCGCGAAACUACUACAGAAAUUGAACUGGUCACCUGGUCCAGAGAUCGCACACUUCGAGUCUGGAAAAUCGACGACAACAUGCUGAAUCUUUGCGAACCAUCCGCCGAGGAGGAAGAGCCUCGGUUCGAACCUGACCUGAGUGAGUUGCGGGCACCCACUCCGCCAGAAUUUUUGCAUCCGCGAUCCACAAUGACUGCCGCUUCGCUUCCCAUCUCCACUGGCGAUGGAGCAUCCAAUACGCUGCCUAUGGCCCGCUCGCCCAGUUUUGGCUACUAUCGCCGCGAAGAGCCACACAUAGCCAGAUCCUUGACGGAUCAACCGACGUGUUCUUUGCACCACGAGUUCUCGCUGCUGAACACCAACAUGCCGCACGUGGAGGUGGACAUGUUGGAUGCCAUAAAGCGGUAUGCCUGCUUCAAAAUAUCCGCCGGCGGUCACACGGUCAUCCUGCAGGUUACCUUUGCCACGUCGUAUCCCAGUCCUAGUGCACCACCGGAGUUCCAGCUGUGUCAGGGGACUACGCUAUCUAGUGAUGUCAGCGGAAUCUUGUUGAAGGUGCUCCGAUGCAACGCCCUACAGCGGGUGAAGAAGUCACGAACUUGCUUGGAGCAAUGCCUUCGAGCCCUAGUGGCAGCCAUGAAGAAAAAGAUAGCGGCUGUGGGAGGUGGCGGUGGGGCGGAUCGCAGUCAGCUUCUGUUGCAGUCUCCUCGACUGGAGGGAGCUCUAUCCAGUGCCCUUCACGAUGCCUGCAUUCCUUAUCCUCGCACCUCGGGGGUACACUUCAACGCCAUUGGGCUGCUGACCACCUUCUCCCAGCCGGUCAACAAGAGACUCACCUUGAGGCAACACUCCGCCCUGACCCCCAGGACUCUUUCAUCCAUCAACGGAAGCUGCUUGUUGGGCAAUGUCAUGGCAACUGCUCAGCGAGAUGCAAAUGCCUCUUUCUAUCUGCAGGAACGGAUGAUAGCUGGUAAACCAGGCAAGCAGCGUGCCAUUCGGCAAAUGAACGGCUCUCCAGUUGUCCAUGUGUACGAUGCCAGCAACCUUCUUCACAUAAAUCGGUCCAUGGCCAGGGAGUUCUCCCUUGAUAAGCUCGAUAUUGCAAAGACCUGCCGCAGGAAUGGGGAAAUCUGUCGAAAUCACGGGCGGAGUGAUUUGGUGCCCGUGUGGCUGCUGGCUGAGCUCAUAGCCACACCUCAGGUUCAGCACGAUCCCUUUAAAAAGUCCCUUCUAGAGUCGCUCAUCAUGCACUAUGCCAUGUCUGGUGACAUCCAAACAGCUGUGCUGCUGGCAUGUUUAUUCGACAAGUGUCCUGCGUCCGGGGGUAGCUCCAUGGAUGUGGUUGGUAGAUUGCCGUUGCAGCUGAACUCUCAGAUUUCUCCAUAUCACACGGUGCUACCGCUGGAAGCGAAGCCCUCAUCCUCGCACAACACCUGGCAGCAACUGAAGCAACUUCGCAGCAACUCCUGGUCGGACUCGUUGGAUCUGGAAGUCAGGCACCUUCCCUAUGAUGGCUAUACCUGUUCUCUGAUCCGACGCGCCAAGGUUCCUCUUUUCGAUCAGUUCAAGCGGGCCUACGCUGAGAUCCUCUUCGGCUGGCAGCUGCUCUCCAAGCGGGCCCUCAUCCUCAAACACACCCAGAACCCUCCGCCCACUGUGCAGGGCGUGGAGUUCGUCACCGAGUGCGGCUCGUGCGCUAAGCCGAAGAGGACACCGAAAUGUGAGCCGUGCAAGCGACCGGUGCUCUUCUGCGUGCUCUGUCGUCUUCCUGUUCGAGGAGCUGCCAACGCCUGCCUAGCCUGCGGACACGGCGGGCACAUAGAUCACAUGAUGCAGUGGUUUGAGAAUCACAAGGUGUGUGCCACCUGCGGUUGUAGUUGUUUAGAACGCACCUCGAGUCUGCUGGCCCUUCUGAGCUGAUGGUGAUCCUUCUUGUUGAUCUUUUCCUAAUUUUUGUUGUUGUUUAAAAGACAAAAAAUAUUUAUAGGCUAUUGCGGAAGGGGUUUAUAGUUUGUAAGAAUAAGAAAAGUGAUUGAGAAAUACUUAUGAUGACCAACAAUAGUAAAAAGUUAAAUAUUUUUAAAUACA